UAAUAGCAUUUUGAUAAUGACAACGUUGGCUGUGGAGAGAUACAUAGCGAUAUGGCAUCCAAUGAUGUUGAAAUCGACUCCAGUAUGGCGACGGGUGACGAAAGUAAUGGUGAUAGUUUUAAUCAUAGCAAUAGCGGAGACGUUGCCUGAGGUUUGGACUGUGGAACUGGUGAGGACAAAGAAGUCAGCAGUGUGUUUUACGAUACCUACACCUUUCGCAAGAGUAAUAAAUGGCGUGCUAGCAUUGGUGACAUUUGCGAUACCAUUGGCAAUAAUGCUAUUUGUUUAUACAAUGAUAGCUUUGAAAGUUAGUUUUGCUGAGAAGAACAAUUCUAGGAGUCAGAUAUUCAAUCAUAGAGAUAAUAGACGGAAAGUUAACAAGCUUGUUAUAGCACUGACGCUGUCUUUCGUGGUUUGCUGGUUGCCAUUCUGCUUCUUUCGGGUGCUGAUAUUCGUGUACAAUAUGAGGCAGUUGAUGCAUCUCAAAAAGUGGUGGAGCAUUGGCCAGCGGAUCACCUUGUUUCACAACUGGUUUAGUAUCGUCCUAAAUCCUAUAUUGUUCAGUUUGAUGUCAACUAAAUUCAGAAAAUCACUCAAGAAGCUAUGGACGACAAAAUUUAAAAGGCAACGCAUCGAAUUACAAACGACCUGUGCGGUGUGAAACGGUUAUCGUGAGUUUACACUGUCCCUCUCGUGCUAUGUGAAAAAAACUUAGAUAUACAUUUUAAUACUAGUGGCACAACAGUGAAAUUACACGGUUAGAUUUGAAGUGCCAUAAUAAUUUAUUCAGAUGA